CCAGGUUGAGAAUGUAUAUAAAUCUGAGUAUCAUCAGCAUAGAAGUGGUAGCUGAGGUUAAGGGAUCUUAAUAGCUGACCAAGAGGAUAAAUAUAAAUGCUAAAAAGCAGGGGACCAAGGACUGAGCCCUGUGGGACACCAGUACAAACAGGAUCCACAUCAUGAUGGUUAUGAAGGAAAACAGGCUGGUUUAUGCGACACUAUAUGAAACACACGUUUAGUAGCUGGUUCCAUGUGAACUCGCUGUAGCCACAGGAUGUUUGUCUCUGAACAGGAAAUCAUGUGACUGACUAGAGGAAGUAAUUUGAGCUAAAUGUUUCUGACGGAUGCACUGGAACGUUCUGGAUCGUGAGGUUCUGUUUCAUUACAUCGAACACACAGAAUACGACUAAUGAAACACAACAUACAGCACAUCCGUAAACUGUAAAGUAGUGUGAAAAGUGAUCGGUUUCAUCUGUUCACGAGUGAAAGCUUGUGCAGCGGGUCAUCUGAAGGUCAAAGGUCAGCUGGUGUCAGUCACAUGACAUUUGUAGCCGUCUCUUUUAUCAUACAGAAUCCAGAGUUUAUUCUCUGUGUUCUGAAAUCAUUUGAAUUAAAGUUCAGGGCGAAUCUGCAUUUCAUCAUGUUCACAGCUGGUGAACGAGUCCAACGGUUUUGAUUCCACCUUCAUUAAGUUUGGAUGUAAAUCGUGGCUAAUUGGUGCAAAUAUGGUUCAGUGAUUGAGGCUCAUUAACAUCAUCACAUAAAGGUCAGACACUGAACACAAAGAAACAAUGAAGCUCACAUGCAUUAUAGAAAUGAGUGCAGACAUGCUUAAAUGUCAUUGUGUGCUAAUUCCACUUCCUGUGUGACGCGGCUGAUUCACUUCAGAUUCACACUGAUGACGAACUGCUUUGAUGCUGCGUGACGGUGACAGACAGAUGCUGUCGCCAUGGAAACUGUGCAGCUGCUCGGAUCAUGAGAGGCCUUGAGCUGGUCAAGCGCUCACUAGUGUUCACUAUCAAGUGAUCUAGAGAGCUCAACAUCUUCAUCAGAACAUAAAACACAGCAACAUGUUGUCUGAUUUUACUUCAGUAUGACAAAGAACACAACAUUAAACGACGCAAACGUGAUAUAAUCGUUAGGAUAGAGAUAUAAUAGACUGAUCAGCAUUCAUAAGGAAGGAGACACUUGUUGAGGUGAGCUGUGGCUCCGCCCCCUCUGCGAGUUGACCAAUGAGCGCGCGGCAGCGGGGACACACACACACACACACACACACACACACACAGCUGAUCGUCUCCGGAGGAGGAAAGUUUCUUCAGCAUCGGAUUAUGACGGAGUCUGUGUGUUUCUCAGUUCAUUUCCUGUGACGUUGUUCAAGAUCUGAUGGUCUGACGCCGAGUUUCUGUUUCUGUCAUGAUCAGUGAGUUUGUGUUCAGCGCGGUCCACCUGAAGGUUGAUCAUGAAACACAGCGCAGAUCUGCAUCAUGCAUCUGGUGCUCGAAAGUCUGCGGCUUCAUCCUCCUCCUCGUCUUCAUCAUGGCGUCUUACGUGCUGUCCAGCGAGAGGAAGACUCUGCUCUUCGGUCCGUAUCUGAUGGAGGAGGACCUGAGUGAAGACGCCCUCAGAGACGUGGUGCACAGCAUCGCAACUAAAGUGAAGUUCAGAGCCAGACGGGUUCCUGACGUCAGCGAGCUGAUGGGCCUCGAGGAACACGUGUUCUCUGUGGUUCCGCGGCGCUUUCUGCCGGACGUUAAGAACCCCUGCUGGUUCGAGGAGCUGCGUGGAGACGUGAGUGUGGAUCCGUACGGAUCAAACAUGUUCGGUCGCUCCUUCAGACAGAUACAGCUCAUCUUUGAGCAGCUCAGCGGCUCGUUCAGACGGCGAUUAACACGGCGUGAUGGGAAACUGCAACGGCUGCGCUGUCUGCCCUACUUCUACAUCAUCGGCCAGCCCAAGUGUGGCACGACGGACCUGUACGAGCGCCUGAGGCUUCAUCCGGACGUCCGGCUCACGCCGCCCAAAGAGCCGCACUGGUGGACCAGGAAGAGGUUCGGAAUCGUUCGCUCUGGUGAACGUCCUAACACGCGUUUCCCGCUGGACCAUUAUCUGGACCUGUUUGAUCCGGUGGCCCUUCAGAUACAGCAAAGCCUUCUGGGAAACUCCAGCAGCAACAUCAUCACCAGUGAGGCCAGCGCUUCCACUAUGUGGGACAACAACGCCUGGCUGUAUCUCCAUGGCAACAGCACAGGGGCGGAGCCUCCGUCACUCGUCCAGGACUUCAUUCACGCGCUGCAGCCGGACGCACGAUUCAUCGCCAUCCUCAGAGACCCUGUGGAGAGGCUGUAUUCAGAUUAUUUGUACUUCGGCACGUCUAAUAAAUCAGCGCUGGAUUUCCAUCAGAAGGUGUGUGAGUCUCUGCGGAUGUUCGAGGGCUGUCUGCGGGACGCCGGGCUGAGAGCGUGUGUGUACAACAGCACACUGAACAACGCCAUGAGCGUGCGUCUGCAGGUGGGCCUGUACGUGGUGUUUCUUCUGGACUGGCUGUCAGUGUUCAGCCGUGAUCAGCUCUUAGUUUUGCGUUUGGAGGAUCAUGCUUCAAACCCGGCGCUCAGCAUGAGCAGGAUCUUCAGCUUCCUGCGGUUAGGAGCGCUGUCUGAUCAGAGACAGAGACAGAUCACCAAGCGUCCCGCGUCGAACACCAGACGUCUGUCCGACAGGGAUCUGGGCCCGAUGCGUCCCAUCACACGAGAGCUGCUCACGCUGUUUUACGCUCCGUUCAAUCAGAGACUGGCAGAGGUUCUGCAGGACGAGUCGUUCACGUGGGACGGUCGCUCUGAACACACGUGACGGCCGUGUGAUGUUCCUGGAUCUCACAGACACCAUGAAGUCUGUCCGAAAGCAAAUGUGGAAGAAUCUGGCUUUUAUCUGUACUUUUAAAUGGAUAGUUCACCCAAAAAUUAUUUAUAAAAACACUAAAGAAGAUAUUGUGGAAAAAUUGGAAACUGAAUAACUUUGGACCCCAGUGACUUUCACUGUACGGAUGAAAACCACUGAGGCGUUUCUCAAAACAUCUCAUUUUGUGCUCCAUAAAAUAAAGACACGAGGGUGAAUAAAUGAUGACAGAAUGAUCAUUUUUAGGUGAACAAUUAGCCUAUAGAUGAAAACUAAAGCACUAGAAAUCCAAAAAUCGCUUUAUAUCACUUUUACAGAAUUACAAAUGAUGCAAUCACUUGAUUUUCCGUCAGAGAAAGAUCUGCUCUGAGCAUGUGCGGUGUUUAUUCUCACGUUUCCUUCCCUCUGUCUGACUGCUGAACACACAACAUUAACAAAAACAGCUGAUGCUAACAAAAAGAGCAAAUUCAAAAAAGAUCA